GGAAAAUUCGGCGACUUACUCAAAGAAGGCCUCGAAAAUAAAGGAUGGACCGUAGCAAAGCAACCGCUUGACAAUGAUUCAUCAAGGUUCAACCUCCUAGCGACAAGAAAACCCUUAGAUGAAGUUUCUCCGCGAUUGAUAUUCAACACGCACUUGGAUACUGUACCUCCAUAUAUACCUCCAACAGAAGAUGAAGAGAAUAUUUACGGACGAGGUUCUUGUGAUGCAAAAGCGCAGUUGGCUUGUAUGGUAUCGGCUGCUCAGUCCUUGGUGGAAUCCCAUCCAGAUGUAGCCGAUCAAGUCGGGCUUCUAUUUGUCGUUGGUGAAGAAGUUGACCAUGUUGGAAUGCAGAAAGCCAACGACUUCAAAUCUUUGAAACCUGAAUAUCUAGUUGUAGGCGAACCAACGGAGCUGAAGUUCGCAACCAUUCAGAAGGGUGCGCUAAAGGUCGCCAUAAAGUGUAAAGGGAAGGCAGGUCAUUCAGGAUAUCCCUCAGAAGGCGAAAGUGCUAUACAUAAGUUAAUUCCUGUUCUCAAUGAUAUUCUCAACUAUGAAUGGCCUAGUGAUGAUAAAUCAGGUGCCACGACUAUAAACAUAGGAAUUAUCGAAGGAGGACAUGCACAAAAUGCUUUUGCAGAAUUUGCGCAAGCAAAGAUUUUUGUGAGAGUCACUACCUCUGUAGCAGAAGAUCAAAAGAGAUUAGAAAAAAUUGUAGCAGGCCGUGCUGAAAUCGAACACUUGUCUUCAAAUGAUCCUGUAGCGCUCGAUGGCGCACCUUUGGAUUAUGCUACUGAUCAAGUAGCGUUCAAUACUGAUUUAUCCUACUAUGAAGGACUCUCUUGUCUCAAAGGAAAAUACUUGUUUGGAGCUGGAACGAUCAAAGUCGCACAUUCAGCACGAGAAUUUGUGCCGAAGAAAGAACUCCAUGCUUGUAAAGACGUUCUAAUAGCUUUAGCUGUCAAAUUGUGCUCAGAAAAGAAAUGA